AUGGCGUUCUCCAUCGCACCGUUGGCGUGUGAAAAGCGGGCACUGAACAAGGAAGGCUGCCUUGGAAUUGCGGUGCUGGAGAAGAAUGUAGAAAAAAACCCUGAAUGUCAUUUUCUUGUCUGGACACUUGUAGCCUUCUUGGGUUUGGCCCUUGUGAUAUCGCUGCUCUUCAAUAUUUCUCAUUAUGUGGAAAAGCAUCGGCAAGAUAAAAUAUACAGCUACGCCAAUGACUACAUUCCAAGGGAUGAUGAAUAUUAUAUAGAAGACACACCAAUUUAUGGUAAUUUGGAGGAUGUGGUCCCAGUACCAACAGAUGAAAAUUGCUAUGAACAAAUGAAAUCCCAACCACAGAGGUCUAUGAAUAAACUUCAAGAAGCUACCCCAUAUGUACAGACACCCGCCGAAACGCAGAUGUGCUAUGCCUCACUAGACAUCAGCUACAAAGGGAAGCUCAGAAAGCCCAGGACACAGAAUCCCGUGUCACUGAAGGGCGAAGACAAGCAGUUCCUUUCGAAGACGUCUUUGGUAGACGAUCCCUCGCCGGAAAGCCAAGCAGAGGAAAACAUACACGAUGAUCCAAUCAGACUAUUUGGAUUACUUCGAGCAAAGACAGAGCCUGUAAAUCAGCUGGACUGUGCUCACUGA